UCGAGUAGUGCGGUCGUGUCACCAGAGCCGUCUCGUUCUUGCCUGACUCAAAAACACCCACAAAGCCAUUGACAACGUACUCCUGACAGUCGACACCUAUGCGCCAAUGGAUGAUAGUUGGGUUUUAAAGGAAAUGGGGAGAGGCAAGGUUGAGUUGAAAAGAAUUGAGAACCCAACAAACAGGCAAGUUACCUUCUCAAAGAGAAGAAAUGGGCUUCUCAAGAAAGCUUUUGAGUUGUCCAUUCUUUGUGAUGCUGAAGUUGCCUUGCUUAUCUUCUCUUCUUCUGGAAAGGUUUACCAAUUUGCAAGUCAUGACAUGGAUAGGACUGUUGCAAAGUAUAGAAGGGAAGUAGGGCUGCCUGAUUCAAGUAACCCCCAAUUUAGAACCAGGGAGUUUUGGAGAAGUGAGAUUGAUGAGUUAAAGAGAUCCAUAAACACCUUGGAAGCUAGACUUAAGCACUUAUCUGGAGAAGACAUCUUAGCAUUAGGCAUGAGAGACUUGAAACAGCUUGAGCGCCAGUUGAAAAUAGGCGUUGAACGUGUCCGCUCCAGAAAGAGACGCAUUGUUUCGGAUCACGCCACCUUGCUGAAGAGAAGGCACAAACAAUUGCAAGAGGAGAACAGUCGCCUCCACAAAAGAGUUAAGUUGAAAGAGUUACAAGAUGGCAAUAUCAGCUCAGGACUUGUGGGUGAAAAUGCUUGCACCAUGUUUCAUCAAAGGAUCGUUCAUGACGAAGAUUUCCAUAACGAAACAGGCCUCCCACUAUGAGCGGAUAUAUGCAUCUGGAUGUCACCGGCGUUAUUAUUGCAUAAUAUUUAGUUGACCUCGGCGUAUCCAGAACGGUGGCGGCCUCGGCUUUCUCUGCUCACCGCCGCGUCAUUUCUUCCCGGAGAUUCGCGAUGGAGGCGGAUAAAACUAUAUCGCCGUCGUCGGAUCGAGUGAAUCGGGAGGGACUACAGGGUCCAAGGGAAGAUAAUUCCUUUCGGCCAGUGGGUACCGAAGGUAGCUGCUGACGCUUAUGUGGCGCCUAAAUUUGUCUUGGCCGUCAAGUAACCGUCAACGAUGGAGCCUCGGUAUGGGACGGCUGCGUCCUAGGCGGCGAUCUCAACAAGAACACCGUUGGAUUCUGCUCUAUUUUGCAGGAACGCUGUGUUAUUCACGCCGCUUGGUUCUCAACUGCUGGGUUUCUGGCAGAGACAUCAAUUGGCGCAUACAGUCUCUUUAAGAUCAUACACGAUUGAACCAGAGUGCAUUAUUGGAACUUGUUCUAUUCCUAUGGAAGGUUCCCUGGUAGAGACACACUAUCCUUGAAGCCGGUUGUGUAGUCCCUCCAGGUCAGAGAAUCCCAAGUGGUGAGCUUGGAGCAGGAAAUCUGGCUGAGUACACGAAGAAACAUUAGAAAUCUGUAAACUUACGGUGGCAAUAAGCAAUCUUAGCACAGAUCGUUUGAUGAUGUAGUUGUGAAGUCCAUUGAAAUGGGAUAUAGUUUGCAACUGAAAGACUUUGUUGGGUUAAUUUCUUUAAAUAAACCCAAACCCGAAAGUCUGUUUGAAGAAAAUGUGUGUGAUUCGAUCUAAUCAAAAACCAAAUGCAGGAACAUCCAUGAUUGAAACUCAAA